AUGGCAUCGACGACAGCUAGCUUAGAAGAAAAAUUUAAUGCCGCUGUCAAAGCUAUUCAACGAUUACCAAUUGAUGGUACUUUUCAACCAUCAAAUGAAAUGAAAUUAACUUUCUAUGGUCUUUAUAAACAAGCAACAAUAGGUCCAUGUAAAGAAUCACGACCAUCUGUAUUUAAUUAUAUUAAUCGAGCAAAAUGGGAUGCAUGGGAUAAAUGUCGAUCAAUGAGUAAAGAAGCAGCUAUGACAGCUUAUAUUGAUGAAAUACGAAAAAUACUUGAAACAAUGCCACAAACAAAUGAAGUAUUAGAAUUUACUCAAUUAAUUGGACCAUUCUAUGAAUUUGUUGAUGAUCAAACAGAAGAAAAUCAAUCAAAUUUAUUAAUUAAGAAAAAAUCACAUCAUACAAAUAUUAAGAAAAAAAAACAAAAUACAAUUGAAUCUUUUGUCAAUGGAACCGGUGAAAAUAAUCAUGAUGAACAUUCAAUGAAUCAUACUAAUGGUCCUAUUCAAACAAUAGUUUCAUCUGGAAAUGGUCCAAUACCAUCUUCAUCACCAUCUUCAUCUUCAUCAUCAAUAUCUUCUUCAGAUGCUGAAGAAUUUUAUGAUGAUCCACCUGAUCGACUUUCUGUUAAUCCUGGUGUAUCAAAUGAUGAAAUGAUAUCAAAAGAUAAUAUUCAAACAAAUGAACCUUCAUCAAUAUCAAACAUUCCAACUGAACAAUUGUCAAAUAAUACAACAAAAUAUCAUCCACAUGUAUAUGGUGGUCAAGAUGGUUCAAAUGUUCCUGUACAUCGUUCCAAUAGAGGAAGUAAUCAUUCAAAUGAAUUUCGUCAAUCAUCAACACAUUCAUCAUAUCGUCAUCAUGAUCCAUCUGAUGGUGCUCGUUAUUCAUUUUCAUCUGUAGCAUCUGGUGGUGGUGGUAAUGGACGACAUCCAAAUACUAAUUAUAAUAAAGAAACACAACGUGCGAUAUUAGCAGCACUUACAAAACUUCAACGUGAUGUUAAUAAUAUAUUAGAACGACUUAAUCGAUUAGAAACAUCAUCACAUUUUCUUCAACAGAGAGAAUUAUCUACACAAUUACAUCGUUCAUCUAAAUCAAAUUCUUUAUCACGAUGGUUACCAUUAUCUGGUUUACGUCGUCGAGCUAUUGCCUUUAUUUUACUUUGGCCUUUUUUUGUCUUUGCAUUGAUUCGACUUUUUCUUCGUGCACGAAUAAUAAUACGAGAAAAAAAAAAAAUUUCUAUUAUGGCAUCAUUAACAAGUGGUAGUGAUACUGAACAUUUAGGUAUACCAAAAGCUGUAUUUGUUGAAGAUGUUGAUAGUUUUAUGCAACAACCAGAAAAUGAUUCAGCUGAUACAGUUAUUCGAAGACUUGAUGAUUUAAAUAGUAAAUAUCGUUUUAUGGAAAUGAAUUUAUUACAAAAGAAAAAACGUUUACGAGGAAAAUUACCUGAUAUUCAAAUUUGUUUAGACAUGGUUGAACAACUUCGUAAAUAUCGUGAAAACGAUACUAAUAUGGAAACAAACUUUUUACUAGCACAUAAUCUUUAUGGUAAAGCAACAAUACCACCAACAGAUAAGGUUUGUUUAUGGUUAGGUGCUAAUGUUAUGCUUGAAUAUACAUUGGAUGAAGCAGAAGAAUUAUUACGUGGAAAUCAAAAAACAGCACAUACAACACUUGAAAAAGUUGAUGAAGAUCUUGAUUUUUUAAGAGAUCAAAUAACAACAACUGAAGUAAAUAUGGCUCGUUUACAUAAUUGGGCUGUUAAACAAAGACAACAAAAUAAGAAAUAA